CUGGUUGGCUGUGGAGAGGAGGCGGGGAAGGAAAGCGAAAGGGCCGCCCGCUCGCCCGCCCUCCUGUUGCUCUUCUUCUUCUUCUCGCUGCCGGCCGCCACCGGAGGGCGGGAGGGAAGGAGGGCGGGGGGUCGGUCGCCGCCGCCGCCGCCGCGAUGCCCACCAGCUUCACGGUGGUGCCGGUGGAGGCGCAGCAGCAGGAGGCGGCGGAGGAGGGGGCCCCGCGGGAGCCGCCAGCACAGGAGCCUCCGGGAGACCCCCACAGCCGCUCCCCCGGCCGGCCCUCAACUGCAGGAGGCGGCGGCGGCGCCCGCAGGCGGCCCCCCACGCAGCAGACCCCGCCCGCAGCCGCAGGUGAUGGAAUUCCAAGGGAGAGUAGUCCAUUCAUCAAUAAUUCUGGGCUGGAAAGAGGAAAUGUCUAUGAAGGGAAGAACAUGGCUCUUUUUGAGGAAGAAAUGGAUAGCAACCCCAUGGUAUCAUCUCUUCUGAAUAAGUUAGCAAACUAUACCAACGUUACUCAGGGAGUCAUAGAACACGAAGAAGAUGAAGAUAGCAAACGUAAGGAAAUCAAGGCUCCACGCAUGGGCACUUUCAUUGGUGUGUACUUGCCCUGUCUGCAGAACAUUUUAGGAGUCAUCCUGUUCUUGCGAUUGACAUGGAUUGUGGGGACAGCUGGAGUUCUUGAAUCUUUCAUCAUUGUGUUCAUCUGCUGUGCUGGUACCAUGCUCACUGCAAUAUCAAUGAGUGCAAUAGCAACCAAUGGUGUAGUUCCAGCUGGUGGCUCAUACUACAUGAUCUCAAGGUCGCUGGGGCCAGAGUUUGGUGGUGCUGUGGGCCUCUGUUUUUACUUGGGCACAACGUUUGCGGGGGCUAUGUAUAUUCUUGGCACAAUUGAAAUUCUCCUGAAAUAUAUUUCCCCCAAUGCUGCUAUUUUUAAAGCAGAUGACAAGGCUGCCAUCGAGGCGGCCAUGUUGAACAACAUGAGAGUUUAUGGCACCUGUGCCGUUGCCCUGAUGGCCAUCGUGGUCUACGUGGGAGUUAAGUACGUCAACAAGCUGGCGCUGGUCUUCCUGGCUUGUGUCAUCCUCUCCAUCAUUGCUAUCUAUGCCGGGGUUAUUAAAAGUGCUUUUGACCCACCAGACUUUCCUAUAUGUCUGCUUGGAAACCGCACAUUGUCAAGGCAGAAGGAUUUUCCUUGCGCCAAAUAUGCUGAAAAGGAUAAUACAACAGUGGUGACUGAGCUGUGGGGUCUUUUCUGUCAUGGCACCUUGACAAAUUUCACGUGCAAUGAAUAUUUUACUCAAAACAAUGUCACCCAAAUCCAAGGAAUUCCUGGAGUUGCGAGUAGAGUCUUGAUUGAUAAUUUGUGGAGUACAUAUGGAGACAAAGAAUCAGUUGUAGAGAAACAAAAUCAGCCGUCAGUUCCUGUGCCAGAAGAGGCAAACAAUCUCAGUCUCCCCUACGUAUUUACAGAUAUCAUGACCUAUUUCACCAUGCUGGUAGGGAUCUAUUUUCCAUCAGUGACAGGUAUUAUGGCAGGUUCAAACAGGUCCGGAGAUCUUCGGGAUGCUCAGAAAUCCAUUCCUACGGGAACAAUUUUGGCCAUUUCCACCACAUCGUUUAUCUAUCUGUCUUGUAUCAUCCUUUUCGGAGCCUGCAUAGAGGGUGUGGUCUUGAGGGACAAAUUUGGAGAAGGAGUUAAUGGAAACUUAGUGAUCGGUACAUUGGCCUGGCCCUCUCCGUGGGUGAUUGUCAUUGGCUCGUUCUUUUCCACGUGUGGGGCCGGGCUUCAGAGCCUCACUGGGGCCCCCCGGCUGCUCCAGGCUAUUGCAAGAGAUGGCAUUAUACCAUUUCUUCAAGUGUUUGGUCAUGGGAAGGCAAAUGGAGAACCAACGUGGGCGCUGCUCCUUACUGCUUUUAUCUGUGAAAUAGGCAUUCUCAUAGCUUCUCUGGACAGCGUGGCUCCAAUUCUUUCCAUGUUUUUCUUGAUGUGCUACCUGUUUGUAAACUUGGCAUGUGCGGUUCAGACUCUUCUGCGUACUCCAAACUGGAGACCUCGUUUCAAGUAUUAUCACUGGACCCUUUCAUUCCUGGGGAUGACGUUGUGUCUUGCCCUGAUGUUCAUCUGUUCUUGGUACUAUGCCUUGAUUGCUAUGCUAAUAGCAGGGUGUAUUUACAAAUAUAUAGAAUAUAGAGGAGCUGAAAAAGAGUGGGGAGACGGGAUCCGGGGGCUGUCCUUGAAUGCUGCUCGCUAUGCGUUGCUUCGGGUUGAGCAAGGCCCUCCUCACACCAAAAACUGGAGGCCUCAAGUCUUGGUUUUGCUGAAUUUGGAUUCAGAACAGUUGGUCAAACAUCCACGGCUGCUUUCUUUCACUUCUCAAUUGAAAGCGGGAAAAGGACUGACCAUCGUGGGAUCUGUGCUUCCAGGAGUAUACUUGGAUAAAUACACAGAAGCGCAAAAAGCUGAGGAAAAUAUUAGAUCCUUAAUGGGAGUCGAGCGAACCAAAGGAUUUUGCCAGAUUGUGGUGUCAUCCACGGUCAGAGAUGGAAUUUCCCAUUUGAUCCAGUCUGCUGGCCUUGGUGGGAUGAAGCAUAACACCGUCUUGAUGGCAUGGCCUCAGUCCUGGAAGCAGGCCGACAACCCCUUCUCAUGGAAGAAUUUCGUUGACACUGUGCGAGAAACAACAGCUGCUCAUCAAGCCCUUCUGGUUGCCAAAAACAUAGAUUUCUUUCCAAGUAAUCAGGAGCGCUUUACUGAGGGCAACAUAGAUGUGUGGUGGAUCGUUCAUGAUGGUGGAAUGCUAAUGUUGCUUCCUUUCCUACUGCGACAUCACAAGGUGUGGAGAAAAUGUAAAAUGCGCAUUUUCACUGUAGCUCAAAUGGAUGACAAUAGUAUUCAAAUGAAAAAGGAUCUUCAGAUGUUUUUGUAUCAUCUUCGACUUAAUGCUGAGGUGGAGGUUGUUGAAAUGUUUGAAAAUGAUAUUUCAGCUUUUACAUAUGAGAAGACACUUGUGAUGGAACAGAGAUCUCAGAUGCUAAAGCAAAUGCAACUCUCAAAGAAUGAAAGAGAAAGAGAGAUUCAGAGCAUCACUGACGAGUCUCGUAGUUCAGUCAGAAGAAAAUGCCACUCUAGACCACAGUGUAUUGGCCAAGAUGUAGACAAUCUGCUACCCAAUGACACUCAAGAGGAAGAGGCACAACUGAUCCAUGACAGAAACACGGCUUCCCACUCGACGGGAAUGGUCAAAUCCCUCACCACUGUUGCUACACCAGAAAAAGUGCAAAUGACCUGGACAAAAGAAAAGUUUAUAUCUGAGAAGCAUAAAAAUAAAGAAGCUUGCAUGACUGGCUACAAGGAUAUUUUCUGUAUGAAACCAGAAUGGGGAAAUCUGAAUCAGUCGAAUGUGAGAAGGAUGCACACGGCUGUCAAGCUGAAUGGCGUGGUGCUAAGCAAAUCACAGCAUGCCCAGCUGGUGCUACUGAAUAUGCCGGGGCCUCCAAAAAACCGGCAGGGAGAUGAAAACUAUAUGGAGUUCUUGGAAGUUUUGACAGAAGGCCUGAACCGAGCGCUCCUGGUGCGAGGAGGAGGCCGUGAAGUCAUCACUAUUUACUCCUAACGAUGUUAUGACACAUGCCCACUGUGUAGCAGCAGCAGAACCAACCCCCAUCUCUGGAACUGGACACAAGACCAUUCAAACCUUGGAUUAGUGGCUUUGACCUGGCCCAACACUUCUUACAUCCAGCCAUUGAAUCUUUUUUAAUUUUUAUUAUGCAAAAUUAUGCAAAGAAAAUUGUUUCCUACAUAGAUCUCUAACAUUUGUCUUUGCUGAAGAACUCUGCUUAUAUACAGGUGUAUUUUUUUAACUUAAGGCAGGAAGACUGUUUGGUUGUUGUGCAGGGGGGCUGGGGAAUUUUUUUGCACAUAGGAUUUAAAUAUAGUACAUACAAUAACUUGUUUUUGUCAUAGGAACAGACAGCUAUGUUUGUAGUAAUUUUUAUAAUGAUGGCUUUUAAAGAAUUAGGGUUUCCAACAAACAGAUAUUUUAUAAGAAUCUAGUCUACGUAUUUUGUACCAUUGGCCCUGCUGCGUGGUGGCCAAUUCAGCUUCCGUGUCAGAUUUGCCUGGUUCUGUGUUUAUAUUAAUCCACAAAUAUGUGGAUGCUCUAGUUUUGUGUUUUAAUUAAUGACUGUGCACAAAGUAGAAAGGAUUAUUUGGGCAAUAUCAUCUGUUGAAUAAAAAUCCUUUAAUUGGGCCACCACCAUUUUAACAAAUUGAAAGGGGCACUGGGGAGUUUUAUCGACUGCAACCCAGGUCCGCAGCAGUGCUACGGUUUGUAAUCCAAGCCUGAGACUUUAAGUGAGGGCAUAGGAAGGACUCUAGUAAAAUGAAACGAUGGUACAACUUCCAGGGCUGCAUCUGCGGUGGGAUUUAUUGACUUGCUCCCAGCGCUUCUGCCUCUGACCUCUCUUGCGGAAAAGCUGUUUUCUUGUGGAUGCGUUUUGCUGAAGGGGUGAUUUGCUGGUGCCCCAGGUACAAAAGUGACCAAGAAAUACAAAUGGGGCAGAGAUGAGUUUGAAGAACAAGCCGAGGACUGGGUAUGUAGUAGAUAGAUUUGCCACAGGAAAGCCGAUUAUGAAAUAAACAUGACUUGGCUGUGUCCUGGCGGGAAGCGGCUGCCUCAGCACUGGAAGGGGGGGUGGGGGGGUGGCACACCUGCACACCAGACUGGCACUGGGAUGUGGGGGGAGGGGGACAGCUACCAGCCCAGAGGGGCACCGGGGAAGGAGGCUGGCACUGGGGUGAGAAUGGCUGUUUCAGGCUCACCAGGCCUGAUCACGAAUGGGAUGGAGUGGGAGCCUGGACUGGCAGGCCUGCAGCAGAGUGGAAGGGGGUGGGGGUUGCCUCAGCUUGCUUGUGGGCCUGAUACUAUUGGUUAUAUUGGUUAAAAUAGAGUAUGCCCAGUCAUAGAAGUGUGAUAUUGAGUGCAGUAAAAAUCAAUCCUUUCAAUAAAUAAAUUGCAAAAAGCUAAAACUGAUGUUCAUUCAAGUAGAUUCUGUUCACUUUCUUGUUGCAAUUGAAAGAAAGAUAGAAAUCCUAAUGUAAAGAAAGAUAGAAAUCCUAAUGUAAAUGUUGGCAUGUCCUCAUAUAAGUGGCCAGUUAUUCCGUGUCAGGUGAGUGCAAGUAUGGAAUAUUUGCUUCUACGGGGGGAGAGACCUGUAGAAGGGUCUGACUCCAGGCAGGUCCAAGUGAGACAAAGAACAAUGGCUACUGAGGGAGGAAGAGGAGGAGGGAUCAGAGGGCAGCUCCCAGGUGCAGGCAAAGAGAAAAACAUCCCACCCAGAGAUACCCCUUAUACACAUAUACACCCUAACCCCCACCCACCCACCCCCAAUGUCCAGGCAUGUUGAGUCGCUGUCAAUCCAACAGGUAACGCUCUCUCAAUAGGCCGGAUUCAGCCCCCAGGCUGCAUGUUUGACACCUCUGAAUUAACAGAUCAAACUCUUGUGCUCCGUACAUUGUUAUUUUUUUGUUUUGAGCAGGAAAUAAUAUGGGGAGUUAAUUGGGGACUCUGCUGUUCUGGGCACAGAGGAAGGAAGGAGAUGGAAACCACAGAAGGAAAUGUAACAGAGAAGUAGCAGGUACACUUAUGCAGAUCAGAGAGAGCCCAGUCUUAAGCAACAUUAGCUGACCCUUAUAAACUACAAAAUGCAAAUCUAAAAUUAGUUGCCUUUUAUAACCCUUGGCUCUCUAUAAACUGCUCAGCAUCUAUUUCCUUAUAUAGGCAGAAGGGGCAGAGAAUGCUGUUCGUCUCUGUAAUGUACCUUUCUGAGCAAACAAUUCUAGGUGUGUUUACUCAGAAGUAAAGUCAGCUUUAUUCAUUGGACUUCCUCAUUGAUAAAAUGUUGUUAGGACUGCAAGCAUAGCCAGUUUGAUGCAGGCCCCCACUGUUGGUUCUUCUGUACCAUUUGGUAUGACUGUUUUGCUUUUCCUCAAACCUUCCCUUGAAAUGCUCUCAGUCAAGAUUAAUGCCAAGUGCAGACUGCAUUGACCAUUCAGGUGAAAUAUGACUCCGGCUUCUCUGCCCCCAGAGUGGAUGAGCUUGAGCUGAGCACCUGAAUCCUCACCAACAUCUGCUCCUUUUGUAUGCAGAUAGUUGAUCUAAAAGCCUGGGAAGAAACUGGAGGUUUGUUGUUGUUCUUUGCACUUUUCCUUCGCAGUUGAUCAAAAAUGGAAAUAUUUCUAUUUUGGAAAAAUGUGGAUGUAUAUAAUAUUGCAUUGCUUAUCAUACCUACAUUUUAUUUUCCAGUUUAAGAGAUGCAGUGCAGGCCUUGGUUAGCCGUUGGCACACUAAUGAGGACUAUUUGAUAUAUUGGGUUUUUUAAAUGUGUAAACUAUUUUACUUUUUUCAGACAAUAAUGACAAGUACACCCAAGUGAUAGAAAUUUGAGCUGGACACUGCUAUGCCAGAAGGAACCAAAUACACCUUUUUGCUGCUUGGGGAAAUGUGGAUCACAAAAUAAAAGUUGCAAUGCAAACCUUUGAUGUGAUUUUAAGCAAAAA